AACUCAGAAUCAUGAAUCUUACGACUUAUCCGAAUCUCGCAACCCUUGAUGGGCGCGCGUAAACUCUGUACUUAGCCUGGCCAGGUCUGUUGUUACGGAUCUGACCGAAGGCCGUUGCGGUGUGAAAGCCUCGCGACGCUUAUUCCCAUCUUCCUUCCCUCACACUACACCACAACCAUGCCUUCCAUCCACGAUGCGCAAGAUGGAGAUGGGGAAAACCCACAAAGAGCACCCAAUGGUGUACAAGUGCUAUCCGAUGAUCCCACAGGUGAAUCCCAGCCAGAGGUUCAGCAACCGGCGCAGGCAGUUCACCAGCAAAAUUCGGAUCGCAUUUUUUUUGGGAUCUCUCAACAUGGACCCCAGGUCAGAGGGAAUGACCCAUUCGAUUAUGAACAGAGAUUUCCGGAAGAUAAACGGCUCGAGGAGCUGGGGCCGCUUGCUAGGGUCUGGAGGACAUAUCUUGAGGAAUGUGGUACAUUUGACCUUGAGAUGUUGGAGGGAUGGAGGGACGGAUUAGAUGUCUUGUUGGUUUUCGCUGGUCUUUUCUCUGCCGUGGUCACUACCUUCGUUGUUCAAACGUCGCAGAACCUUCAAGUCGACUACGGUCAGGUCACGGCGACACUGCUGUUCGAGCUCAUCGAUGUACAGCGUGCAGCGGCCAACGGUUCUCUUGUCAACAAUGUUCCUCGUUCAGAUCUUACUCCCUUUUCAAAUUUCCAUCCCACAACAUCUGAUUCGUUAAUCAAUGGAUUAUGGUUCACCAGUCUCUCAUUCAGUCUCGCUACUGCUCUGUUCGCAGUCCUGACAAAACAGUGGAUCCACCAGUAUAUCGCGGUUCCAUCAGGCACUCCUCGUGAUAGAUGUCGCGUACGUCAGUUUCGGUACAUGGGGCUGCAGCAGUGGGGUGUGGGUUUCAUCAUUGGAUUGUUACCCGUUCUCCUGAGUGUGUCGCUUGGUAUAUUUUUAGUGGGAUUGGUUCUUUUCCUUACCCCGCUG